GUGUAUGUGGUACAAGGUGGCAAAAGAUGAGAUUAUUUUAUAAUUACAAAAUGAAAUUAAAGUGGUUUUUGUUACUUUGUAUAUUAAUAACUGUAAAUUCUCAAGAAGUUGACAUAGAAGACGAAAAAGGGAAGGAUGAAAUUUCUCCAGAAAUUACACAAAAUGAGAACCAAGAAACAAUCCCAAUUGAGCAAGGAGUGAAUGAAGGGAGUGAUACAGGUGGGACCAAUCAAGGCGAUACAGGAAAUUAUGAAGUAGUGGUAGAUCCCAGUCCUUCUCCAGAAAUAACAAACCUUGAAACUGAAACAAAUGCCACUAACAACGAUCCUAAAUGGACAAUUCAAACAUUUGGUCGCUCUGGAAAUUACGUUACAUAUUACGGGACAGAUUACGAUCCUAUGACAUCAAACAUAGCUCCCCAAACAUCUGACCAGAGAGGAUUUUCUGAUACACCAUAUACCAUUACUGAAAGCCGUUUGACACAAAUACGCAGUAAUUUCAUGUACCCCUAUUUUGAUAAAGGCGGCAAUGCAGACAAUGAAGGAGACUAUCAAAAAGAAAUUCAAGCUUCUUCACCUCAAGUACACAAAAAUUUAAAUUUUCAGUUGCCAUUUUUUGGAUUCCGAUUCAAUUAUACUCGUGUGUCUUUGAACGGUUAUUUAGAAUUCAGUGACCCACCACCAAACUACGGAUACCCCCUCGUAUUCCCAAUAAAGGAUUGGCCCAAAGUAAACGAUCCAUCUUUUAUUGGAAUAUUUUUCAGUAAAUGUAGAAUAGGUAACUUGAGAGAUGAUGAUAUUGACAGAAGACCUCCCGGAGUGUAUUUCAGAAUGGAGAGGGAUCUUAGGACAAGACAGGAUCAAAUGGGGGUAGAAAUAAGAGAACGAUUAACAUGGGAUAUCAAAGAAGGCGUUAUUGGGGCAGACACAUUUAAUCCUAAACAUGCUAUUAUAGUUACUUGGAAAAAUAUAUCAUUUAAUGGAGGUUUCGCCAACGCUUUAUACCAGACCAAUACCUUCCAAAUGGUUCUUGCAACGGAUGAAGUAUAUACAUACGCUAUGUUUAAUUACCUGAACAUUGACUGGACUAGUCAUACCGAAGCAGGAGGUGAUACGAGAAAAGGUGAAGGUGGUGUUUCGGCUUAUGUUGGUUUUAAUGCUGGAAACGGAACAAGAAGUUAUGAAUAUAAGCCAUACAGUCAAGAAUCUGUUAUAAGGGAUCUCACUGCAACUGGAUUUGGUAACGGAUUCAAAGGAAGACAUAUCUUUCGUAUAGAUGAAAAAAUCUUGCUUGGUUCCUGUAACAAAGACAUAGAUGGUGCAAAUUUGCCAUUAAUGUUCGCUCCUGAAAGUGGCAAUAUGUUGGGUGGAACUGUUGUCAAUAUUACAGGCCCUUGUUUUAGUCCAAAUGACCAGAUUAGAUGUAAAUUUGAUGUAGCUGAUAUAGUAACUGGAUACGUUGUCGACAGAAAUAGAGCAAUAUGCAUUCAACCACCGUUACUUGUAGAAGGAUAUGUUAGACUGGAGAUUGCAAUUGGUCCAAAUCCUUUUAAAUGGAAAGGACAAUAUUAUGUCGAAUCACCAGCCACUGCAGCGCAAAAAAUUUAUUUCAGAGACACAAAAUAUCACGAAAAAUCUCCAAGUGAAAUAAAAAUAACAUGGGAAAAACAAAAUUUGACAACUAACGAAAACGCAAAUAUACGCAUCUCUUUAUGGGGUUACAGGGAAACGACUAUACGACCAAGAUUUCUUUUUAUAACAGAUAUUGCUGAAAACGUUCAAAAUACUGGAGAAUAUACAAUAAUUCCAUCCCAAUUCAGGACACGCAACAAUCAAUUUCUUACAGACAUUAAAUUUGGUUUCAUUCAGAUUAAUUUAACAGAAUCCAUAAAGGUUAACACGUAUACAACAACGCAACAAGUAGUAGAAAUAACGCCUUUAAUUUGGAGUAAACCUAUUCCACUGGGUUGGUAUUUUCAAUUUCAAUGGGAAAAUAUGUAUGGUUCAAAUUGGCCGAUGUAUCUCUGCAAUGACUGGUUGAGAACUGAUAGAUAUUUAAAAAAUUUUGCUCACGAACUUCCUCAGUGUCCAUGUACGAUUCAACAAGCUCUAGCUGAUAAAGGAAAAUAUUUGCCUGAUACUGACUGCGAUAAAGAUUCAAAUCCCCAGUGCUACUACAAUAAUCAAGCUAUUCACUGCGUAAAGACCGGAUCUCCAACAUUAGAGGGCUCUGAACAGCAAUGUUGUUAUGAUAAAAAUGGAUUUUUAAUGUUGUCAUACGACCAACAAUGGGGAUCUAGUCCACGACGUUGUCAUAACAUUGGUAAAAUGCCUUACAAUGAAGCAACAAAAGUUCCUACGCUAUCACAAUGGUUCAACGAUAUAGUUCCCAAAUAUUUAUGUUGCUUGUGGCAAGAAGAACAGGCAGUAGGAUGUGAAACUCUUCGAUUUGAGCGACGACCCACACAAGACUGUGUUGCUUAUCAGGCUCCGGGUAUAGCUGGUGUUUACGGAGACCCGCACUUUGUAACUUUUGACGACGUAGAAUACACAUUCAAUGGAAAAGGAGAAUUUGUUUUAGUUAAAUCUACAACAUUAACAGAUAAUUUAGAAGUACAAGGAAGAUUUGAGCAAAUGGAUGAUAACGCAUUUGGAGAAGUUAGGGCAACGCAGCUGACAUCAGUCGUAGCUAGAGGAAAUUCGUCAACAGUUAUCGAAGUAAGAAGGAGACCCUUGGACGCAAGGUGGAGGUAUAGGCUAGACGUAAUAGCGAAUGGUCGAAGGGUUUUCUUUGACAGGCCUUCUUUAAAAUUCCAACAUUUUCCAGGCGUCACUGUUUACACUCCAACAUAUAUUUUAAAUCAGUCCGAGGUUAUUAUGAUGUUUGAUAACGGUGCCGGUGUGGAAGUUCUUGAUAACCAAGGUUAUAUGACCGCUAGGGUGUAUUUGCCAUGGACAUUUAUAAAUAGAACAAUGGGACUUUUUGGAAACUGGAGUUUCAACCAAGAAGAUGAUUUUACUUUACCUGAUGGUACAAGAGUAAGCGUUGUAUCAAAUGUCAAUGAUAUGGAAAGGGUUUACAACGAUUUCGGUUCAUUUUGGAUGAUAGAUGAUGUUCUAGAUUUACAUAAAGGACGAGCACUGUUUCAUCGAGAAUUUGGUCGUACGUCAGCUAGUUAUAACAACAGAACAUUUAGACCACAAUUUCUGAUGAUGCCAGAGGACAUAAUUCCGGCAAAUAGAUCUCAACAUAUCGAACGAACCUAUCAAAUAUGUAGUACGAAAAUGUAUGAGUGCUACUAUGAUUUUGCCAUGACUUUAAAUAGAGAUCUAGCUCAUUUCACACAGAAUUAUAAAGCCACAAUAUAUGAAUUAAAGGAAACCACCAGAACACAAGUUGUGUCUUGCGGCAUUUUAGAAACGCCUAGAUUUGGUAGAAAAAGCACAUUCCUCUUCAUUCCAGGAACUAGAGUAACGUAUGAAUGUAAUCAAAAUUUUGUAUUAGUGGGUGAUAAUAGAAGAACUUGUCAGGCCGAUGGAAAUUGGGAUAUUCCUGAUUAUGGAUACACAGAGUGUUUACGUCAACAAGAAUAUUCUCAGCGACAGGCUGGAAUUGCAUCCGGAAUUGUAUUGGCUGUCUUAAUUCCGUUAGUGUUAUUAUUUGUAUACAUAGCCUUCCUUUUCUUAAAGAGAAAACAAAAAGAAAAAGAAGAAGAGGAACUACAAGCCAAGAGUUACGAAGAACAGAAAUUGAGGGCAGAAGAAGCUGCUAGGAGAAAACUGACAGCAUCUGAAGAAUACAAUUCAGAUGAGGAUGAUAAUAGUAAUGUUACUACGACUAAUCCCAAAGAAACGACAGUAUACUAAAUAGCAGCAUUUUUUUAUUAUAUAAUUAAGUGAACUUUAAUAUCUUAGAAAUAAGAAGAAAUGUACGAAAAUAGCCGAAAUAAGUCAACAUUUUUCAUCUUUUGAUGAUUAUCAGAUUGAAAGUUAAUAUUAAAGACACUCACUAGAUAACUGAUUGUUACUCCAAUUGAUUUGAGCUCCAAAAUUUUUGAAACGAAACAGUGGAGAAGAUAGGGAUGGUUUAAUUAAUUAAUGAAAUGUAUACCAAAACACAUUUAUUUUUAAAAAAUAAUUAAUCUUGUCAAAUUUUUGUAUUUCUUUUUCUUCUGAUUUGUUAAGAAUGUAUCUACCGUAUAUUUUUUAUAAUUUGUGAGAUGCAUAACAUUAGCCCACCAUUAGUCUGUUCGAGUAUGGAUGUAUGUGUAAAUUUAUGUAUGUGUUGACGAAUGCGAGUAAAUAUAUUUACAUUUAAUUUUUAUUUUUAAAUUAUUAUAAAUUUCCAAAUGAAUAGAAGAAUAGUUUUUAAAUUACUGUAGUUGUAUAUUGUCUAUUUUUAUAGCAAUUUGAGUUUCUAUGUCUUCCUCUUGAUCACUUGAAAUAAGGAUGAUUAUAACUAAGAAACUGUUGUUCAAAAUACCUUUUUUUCUAUGAAUACGUAAAAUUAAACUUCAUUCUUAAAACUGUUUUUUUCACAAAAAUGAAAUAAACUAUUGCUGUUAACAGAAACAGAAACAGGCGAAUUAUUCCUGUUUCUUUUAAAACAUUACUAAAACAUGAUUUGCAUAUGACAAAAAUAUAUAAAUAAAUUGGAAGUCUUAACUAUUUUAUACUUUUCUAUUUAUACAAUUGUAAUAUAAAGUCAUAUUUGUUUUGUAUUAUAUUUAUGAUUACACACCAUAUUUCAAAUAGUUAAAAACUUAUUAAAUAAUAGUUAUGUAUAUAUUUAAAUGUUAUUUUUGACAUGAUCAUGCUCUUAAUUAUUGAUUAUAUUUAUAAUUAAGUAAUUAGUAAUUAUAUGCACUUACCUCAUCAUUUGAAAAAUUUGGAUACAAAUAAAUAUAAUGAGAAAAAAUAUUAACUAUUAAUUUGUUCACCAGCUCAGCACAGAUAAAUAUUUCUAGGUACAUUUUUCUUUACGUUAAAUAUAUUGAAAGCUAUGUAAAUGUAAUUAAUACUAAAAAUGUUCUUCGAUUCCAA